ACCCAGUCCAUCACGAAUGCCACCGGUCCAGAUAGUCACGUGAUGAAAACAAGAAGAGCAAGCAGGUGAUCCCUUUCUUCACUUGGCUUUCGACACGUUCUUUACAGUGCUGUUUACUACCGUCAAAUUAGUGCUGUGUUUAAGUAUCAGGGACUCGUUCAUUUGAAAUAUAUGAUAAUAUAUCUCCCGGGGUGAAGAGACUCUCUUUUUGUGUUCUGAAAAACAUCGAUUUUUAUGGAAAAGCCGACAUGCCGGCAGAAAGCGUGAUAAAAUUUACGCCGAGGCAGAAAAUGUAAUGGUCCCAUCUUCUCGCUUCGUAGAUCCACGUCUUUGUCAUCUACGCUUCGCAACGAGAAUGACCGGAAACAGAGUGUCGAACGCGUUGUGGACGGACGCAGAAUCAGUGUAAAAACCGUGAAAAAAUCAAGCAGCAAAGAUUUUAAAAAAAGGCGUUCUUCUCAGACAACUGGCCAUCAAAAAUCUGUCCCGCAAUCAAGCACUGAAGGGGGAACAACGAAAAGUGAAUCGAAAAGAAAAUCUAGUGUCGGUCAUGUAAAAUCCCAAUCCAAAACGCAGAGAAAAUCAUCGAAAGAUCUUGUAAAGAAAAUGAAUCCUACCGCAAAAGCCGUUUAUGAAGGGACGCAUGCGCAGGUCACUGAAGCAAAGAUAGCUGUAUCCACGCGAGAGACAAGCGAGGAUGACCCAAAAGAAAGCAAUCGCGAAGGUCAGCCGUUAAACGCUCUAGACGAAUCAUCUGGAAAGGACGCGCUAGAAAUAAGCUUAGAUAAUUCCAUGGAAACGAAUUUGAGUGACAUGCUCCCACGUGACUCGGAUAUGGAAGUCGUUGUUCAAGUCCAUGUUCCCGACGAAGGAAAGAUAAACGAAGCCGAGUCCACGUCACAAGAGAUUAGAAAGGAAGGCGAGGUUGAAAACGAAGGCGACGUUGAAAAGGACGACAAGGUUGAAAAGGACGACAAGGUUGAAGAGGAAGGCGAUGCUCAAGAGGAAGACGAGGUUCAAGAGGAAGUCGAUGUUGAAGAGGAAGGCGAUGUUGAAGAGGAAGGCGAUGUUAAAGAGGAAGGCGAUGUUAAAGAGGAAGGCGAGGUUGAAGAGGAAGGCGAGGUUGAAAGUCAAGACAUUUCAAAGCUACCUAAGAUAGAUCUCGUACCUUUUGCUGGGGACGAGAGUCAGGAUAAAUCUAGGGCGAGUAGGAUGGACAGCCUACCCUAUUCUGGUGACUUGCCUCCCGAUAAAAUAGUUCCAGGUGCUUCAAAGCGAUCGAUCGAUUGCGAUGUUUCGGAGAAAAAUGCCCUGCCAAGAAAUUCCCUGGAUGUAAUCAAAGGUUACCAAAUUGCAUUUCCAACAAAUUCGAAAACGAACUCCAGCAAGUCCUCGCAUUCGAAAACGAACGCUAAUAAUCGCAGCCCACAGAAUACGAGGUCCGGUCUUCGCACGGGUCGUCGUUCCAUCACGGAUAGCAAGAUCGUGCAAGUAUCGAACUUCGAAAUGUCGAACAUCGGAAAGAGCGGGUCAAAAUCCGGCGGACAUGCUAAAGUCCAAAACCAAAAUCAACGCCACGGAUCAAAAAUCUUAGAAAAGGUCGAGGAAGGAUCCGCGUUAGAAACGCACCGAUCCAUGAGCGUGUCAAAAGAGUGGGAAAACGUUAAAAGUCCAAUGAACAUCGCUAAAGCAGGAGGGAAAACGGGAAAAGUUUGGGGAAUGGAAAAGUCCGAUAUCUCCAAAGAGGAAAUAGAGAAGAACGACGGAAAGGCAGAGACUAAAAAGGUCGAAGAGAACUAUGAAAAAUUAGAGCCAGUCAAAACAGCAUCUCUGCCGUCAGUUAGGAGGAAAUCCUCGUAUUCCGCCGUAAACCCGAUAAAGCAGACGAAGUUUUCCGAGGUCGUGCAGGGAACACCAUUGCUAAACAAGGACCUCUCGAUGUCACAAAGCAUACGAAAUAGCCUGGAAAACAUCGAUGUCGCAAAGAAUGGCGGAUCACCACCUCUUAACCACGUGCCUUCGCCUCCAAAUGGGUCCAAACCCGACAUUGUGUCGCCGCGCAUCUCGCGAAUUCUUUCGCGCAGACGCAGCGACGGGUCUGGUAAAUCAAGCGGGUCGAACGGCUCGGCGACGGAGAUGUCACCCACCGCUUCCAUGGAAAUUUUAAAAAUGACUUCAAAUUCUUCGCACGGCUGGGUUUCUUCGCCAACAUCCUCCGUCAAGUUUUUACCUCCAGUUAAUUCUCGUGCUUCCAAGACAAGCAACAAGUCGGAUGGUUCCAACACGCAAGGCCGCCCCCGCACUGCCGAAUCAUCAACAUCACGAAAUGGAAGCGCGGGCUCGGCGUCGAACGUCUCCAAAUCCAAAGCCGCUCUCGUUGAAAUUAAACGAUCAUGUUCGGGAGAACUUCGUCUUAUCGGGUCCAGUUCGGGUUUGGUGUCAGCGCAAUCUGGACGAAAAGAAUCAAAGCCUUUAGUUGGCAUCUAACUUGGACGAUAUAAACUCAUUUCGUAUAGUAAAUCAGAAAUCCGUAAAAAAUUCCAUUCCACAAAUACCAAUCUUCUCCCCUUUUCAGACAGUUGUAAUUGUGCCGCCCGUUUCGCUCAAUGCUUCGACUUUCUUUUACUUUUUAAUAACUUUUUUUAUUUCAACUAUCAAUAUCAAUCGACGGUGCAUUGCAAAAUAAUCGACGGUGCUUAUUGACGGCAAGUGCAAUAUUAAUUACCGCUGACUUUUCAAAUGAAAGAGUCCUUAAAAUACAAUGUAUAAUGUAUGAGCAUCCUUAUACGUUAAUUAUACGCUUUGAAUUCGUGAAA